CUAAAAGCUAAAUAAACUUAAUAAAGGAAUUCCUUGUCCAUGAAGAUUCAGAGAAAGUAUAAAUCUGACCUCCAUUCCUCCCUCCAGUCUUGCACAGUUUUACCAACUCCUCCCCUCCAGUCUUGCACAGUUGUACCGGCUCCUCCCCCCCAGUCUUGCAAAGUUGUACCGGCUCCUCCCCUCCAGUCUUGCACAGGUGUACCGGCUCCUCCCCUCCAGUCUUGCACAGGUGUACCGGCUCCUCCCCUUCAGUCUUGCACAGUUGUACCGGCUCCUCCCCUCCAGUCUUGCACAGUUGUACCGGCUCCUCCC